ACCCGCCAUUGCCGCUAGUUUUUCCAGUUAGCAUUUGGAGAAAACACAAUGAAUAAUUGUUAUAUCUGUUUAUUGUGAACGGCACAUAGAUGAAGUGUCAGGGAGAGAGUGUUUUAUUCAUGUCAGGAUAUACUCGCUUCAGUGAACUUCGAAGCUUCUCAAACUAGCUUAACUUGCUAACUGCUAACAAAGAGACGCUGUGUGAGCAACAUAUCGCUAAGCAGAGAUCAAGUGUGAGUGUAGGGUGUUGUGAUUGUGUGAAAAUGUGUAAAGUGCAAAUACUGAGAGCUUUAGUGAAACAGCGACUAACUGCGGCUGUUGAAGAAAUAUUUGUAGUGUUGGAAAGAACGAUAGCAGAGUACGAGGAGGAACUUUCUCGAACAAAAGAGGAGAACGAGCGACAACGUCAACUACUGGACUCUGUUUUCAAGAACCCUCAAGUUGUGUUACACAGAGCAGACGUCAGCGAAGAACAUCUUCCCCAUGAGCAGGAUGAGUGGAAUUCCAGGAUGGAGCAGGAGGAGCCACAGCCCCCCCACAUUAAAGAGGAAGAACCAAAGCCCACCCACAUUAAAGAGGAGGAAGAGCAUGACAGCAUCAGUCAGGAGGGAGAACAUCUUGAAGGAUUGGAGGAGUUCCCAGUGAUUGGUGUCACUGUGAAGAGUGAAGAUGAUGAAGGUGAAAGUGAGGAAGAGAGAGAGGUGGAGCCUCCAAGCAGCAGCUCAACUCAACACAUGACAACAGAAGCUGAUGGAGACCACUGUGGAGGAUCACAAGCACACAACCUCUUAGCUCCACUAUCAGAUAGUGACGACACAACGUCACACUCUCCUGACACUGAUGAUGAAGACUCUAAAGCUGGUGUGACAUGUCACACUGACAACACACGCUUUAAAUGCUCUCAGUGUGACAAAACGUUUGUUUACAAGAGAAAUUUGAGAAAACACAUAAAACAGCACACAGGAGAGAAACCUUUCACCUGCUCAGUCUGCGGUAAGAGAUUCUCUCUUCAGUCAAUUUUGAAAGUACACACAAGAAUACACACUGGAGAGAAACCUUUUUCUUGCACGGUGUGUGGUGAAACAUUCCCUGUGAAGACAGCUUUGAAAGUACACACACUAAUGCACACCGGAGAGAAACCUUUUCCCUGUACGGUGUGUGGUAAAAGAUUCAAUCAAAAAGGUAGUUUAAAGAAACACACUAAAAUACACACAGGGGAGAAACCUUUUCUCUGCGUAGUUUGUGGUAAAAGUUUUGCCGAGAAGGGAAAUUUGGAGGUACACACAAGAAUACACACUGGAGAAAGACCUUUUUCUUGCACAAUGUGUGGUAAAAGAUUCCAUCUUAAUGGUGGUUUAAAAAGACAUACUAGAAUACACACUGGAGAGAAACCUUUUUCCUGCUCAGUUUGUGGUAAAUGUUUCGCUGAUAAGACAACUUUGACUAGACACACAAGAACACACUGUAGUGAAAACAACUUUUCUUGUUCAGUGUGUGGUCAGCGAUUCAGAAAUAGUACAAACUUGACUGAACACAUAAGAAGGCACACUGGAGAGAAACUUUAAAACGUAUUUGAAAGGACACAUCCAGCUGGUUCCUGAAGAACACCAUAAGGGGUAGUACGAAUAUGCAAGCCAGUGUUGCUCUUCAAAAAAAAACCUAAAGUGCUAAGAGAAGGACUAACGUUGCUAACUGACAUUAUGCAAACCCCCCUGCUAAGCGACCUGUAGCUAAAGACGCUCCAUAGUAAGACAGCAUGCAUGAAACAGAGCGUAGUACGGCAUGGAACAGAAUGUAUUCACAUCCUGGGAGCUGAGUGUAAAAGUUAUGCCGUGUGUACUCUUUGAUAGAAUUAAUUAUUUGCUAAACAGAUUGAAUAUACAUGUACAUGUAUAAAUAUGUGACCCAUGACACUGCACAAAUCAUGUUGAUGUCAAUAAACCAAACACAAAUAAGAUGGUCAGGAAAACGAUCAUGAUUUAUUCUAUUGACCUGCAAGUUUGGGUAGGACCACAUGUGGCAUUUGUAAAGCAACAUGUAGAUAUCCUAAGAGGUGUUUUGAUCCGCUUUGUGAUAUAGGUGAAAAAUCAUAUGAACAUGUAUGUAUUGACAGAGGAAAUAAAUACUUGU